AUGAACUACCCUUCAAACCCUAACCCUAAUUUCACAGAAUUCUCUGAACUUUUCGAAUUCGACGAUCUUGGUUAUCUUGAUGAUGCGUUUCAGAUGAUCAUGGAAGAAAUCAGCCUCGAGGAUCAUUCCCCCACUUUGAGUUGGACUUCAUCCGAGAAAUUAGUGGCCGCAGAAGUCACAAGCACUCUUCAAACAAGCCUGGCUACUUCACCUAUGAGCCUUGAAAUAGGGGACAAAGAUGGGAUAAAGAAGAGGAAGAGAAACAAAGAAGAUCCGAUCGUUCACGUAUUCAAAACAAAAUCGGCGGACCAUUCAUUGGACGAUGGUUUUAAAUGGAGAAAAUACGGCAAGAAACCAAUAAGGGGUAGUCCAUACCCGAGGCAUUAUCACAAGUGUUCGAGCCCAGAUUGCGUCGUAAAGAAGAAGAUCGAGAGGGAUAUGAACAAUCCGGAAUAUGUGUUGACAACCUACGAAGGAAUACACAACCACACAAGCCCUUCAGUGGUGUAUUGUGAUUCAGACGACUUUGAUCACACCUCUUUCAACACUUGGUCUUUUAAGACACAAACUUAUAGUUUCUCACAUUCGGCUCCAUGA